CCUGAAAUUUCGGCAUAGACUACGCUUUCGGUCUUUACAAACGUACUUCAAAUCAAAGGGCUUUAUGCUAUGGUCGAUUAAUUGAAAGUGUUAUAUUAUUUUAUUUCGUUGUGUAAAAAUUCUAUCCAUAGUAUCAUAACUAAACGUGAAUGUAGAAUGAUGUCUGUCGAACGUUUUCAGUCGUGAAUGAGCUUUUUGUGUUAACUUGAACAAGUUAUGGCCAGUGUUUUAAACAGUGUAAGGACGAAGUUAUGUUAAUUUACUCCCCAUGUCACCGGGUUCCACCUAUGUACCUGGCACUUGAAGAAUUGAGGUGUCGGAGAAUGGUGAAGUGAAUGAGGCGCGAUGGAGCUGUAUGUGAUAGCUGUGGUACUGGUCGCAGGAGCCACGUCACUUCACGCUCUCGAUAUAUCUCAAUGUAUCGCGCCUCUCGGAAUGGAGAGCGGGUUGAUUCCCGACAAGGAUAUCACCGCUAGUUCUUGCUACAACGACGGCAAUGUGGCCCCGCAGAAUGGAAGGUUAAAUCAAGAUAUAAAGGGUGGAGCCUGGUGUCCAAGGUCUCAGAUCACGACUGAGUCAACAGAAUGGCUGGAAAUAGAUCUGCAUACCGUACACGUGAUCACGGGAACCGGUACGCAAGGCCGGUUCGGGAACGGUCAGGGCCAGGAGUACGCGGAGGCCUACGUCAUCGAGUACUGGCGCCCCAAACUCGGCAAGUGGGUGAGGUACCGGACCGGCGAAGGACAAGAGAUUCUGCAAGGAAACACGAACACUUACUUAGAGAAGAAGAACCACCUUGAGCCGCCGAUCUGGGCAUCAAAGAUACGAUUCAUACCGUACAGCUCGCACCGGCGCACCGUCUGCAUGAGGGUCGAGCUCUAUGGCUGCUAUUGGAGCGUGGGGAUUGUCGCGUACUCGAUGCCGAAGGGCGACAAGCGUAGUAACGGCGUGGAGCUGACGGACAUGGUGUACGACGGCCAGUGGGGGGAGGAGCUGCGCGGCGGCCUGGGCCAGCUGGUGGACGGCAAGUUCGGCGGCGACGAGAUCCGCGAGGCCGCCAAGAACUCCGCCUGGGUCGGCUGGAGGAACGACUCCCGCCCCAACCCGCCCACCCUCACCUUUGAGUUUGACAAAGUGCGGGAGUUCAGCGCAGUCCAUUUGUACUGCAAUAAUAAAUUCAUGCGCGAUGUUCAGGUCUUUUCUGAGGCAAUAAUAUCGUUCUCUAUUGGCGGGCGGCACUUCCAAGACGAGCCGAUACACUACACGUACGUGGAGGACAACAUAUUCGAGAACUCGCGCAACGUCAGCAUUAAGCUGCACCACCGCAUCGGCAAGUGGGUGCGCAUCGAGCUGCGCUUCUCUGCCAGGUGGAUACUUAUCAGCGAGGUCGUCUUUGACUCUGACGUCGCACAAGGAAACUACACACCAGAAAGCCAGAAACCACCUGCCGGUAAAGACAAGAAGCUGACAACGCUCACCAAAGAGGUGCCGAUAUCAACAGCGCACCAAGAAGACCCACUGUACGUGGCGAUAGUAGUGGGAGUGCUGACGGCCUUAGUGAUCUUGCUGGCGGUGGCCAUCUUCCUCGUAGUACAUAGACAUAGACAUAGGAAAUGUUUCGCCUCGCCGCUGGCCAAGUCCACUGUGUCCCAGAAGCGCACAAUCGACAACUACAGCGGGUGCGGCACCUCCAUGCUGCCGGAGAACAAGAUGAUAAUAGACUGCGCCUUAGAUGUUAAGUCCGACGAGUACCAGGAGCCGUAUCAAGCGCUCAAGUGUGCUCCCUACUUUAGCUAUAGUACUGUAUUGUUGGAAAUGAAAGAUUUCGUCAAAGAUUCUAACACUGCACUCUCAGACAGCUCAAACUACGACUAUGCAGUGCCUGAACUGAGCUCAGCGCCGUUGCUGACGAAGCGGCGCCUGGACUCGCUGUCGGAGCGCGCGACCGACCUAGUGGAGGACAUCGACACACGCCGCUCUGCGGGCGGGUCCGUGCGCUCCAAGCAUAGCACUCGGUCACCGAGUCAACAAGAAGUAUUCAUAGAUCUUAAGAGACGUCUGGAGACCACCAAUGUGAUAGAGUUCCCGAGACAUAGACUGAGAAUGAUCUCCAAGUUAGCUGAAGGUGCAUUUGGCACGGUAUACGUUGCGGAGGCUGACGGAGUACCCGAGUACAAUGGUACGAUCACGUCAGAGAAGCGGCUGGUGGCCGUCAAGUUCCUGUGCCACGACGCCACUGUUAAGGAGAGGUAUAUCAUGGAUGAGUUUGAGCGUGACGUGCGUAUCUUGGCUGCGUUGUCUUCCCCUCACUUGGCUCGUGUGCUGGGUGCGUGCCGGACGCCGCCCCUGGCCGUGGUGCUGGAGUACUUGGAGCUCGGCGACCUGUGCGCGUUCCUGCGCAACGCGGUGCCUCCCGCCGCGCACAUGCUCCUGCACCUCGCUACACAGAUUGCAGCUGGAAUGCAAUACCUCGAGUCACUCAAUUUCGUACAUAGAGAUUUAGCUGCCAGAAACUGUCUGAUAGGAAAGAACUUCCAAGUGAAAAUCAGUGACUUUGGUACCGACAACGAAGCGUAUGCGUGUGAUUACUACAAGGUGGACGGUCGGAUCCCGCUGCCGCUGCGGUGGGCUGCUUGGGAGUCUGUGCUGAGGGCCAAGUAUACCACCAAGAGCGAUGUCUGGGCCUUCGGGGUCACUCUGCAUGAGAUCUUCACCCUGUGCAGACGAAGGCCUUACGAACAUUUGACUGAUAACGAGGUGCUGGAGAACCUGUCGCACCUGCAGGCGGACGACGGGCUGUUCGAGUGCGUGGACCGCGCGGCCGGGUGUCCGCGCGACGUGUACGACCUCAUGUGCGAGUGCUGGCGCCGCGACGAGCUCGAGCGCCCCACCUUCGCGGAGAUCCAUCUCUUCCUGCAGCGCAAGAGCCUCAACUAUGCGACCACGUGAUCCUGGCAUUUACCAUGCCCCAACAUUUACUCGGGCAUGAGUUAUUAACGAACGAGUCGGAGCAAAAGUUGAGAGUUGGAACUGAGUGCGAUGGGACAGGGCUGCGCCUGCUACAACAUGCAGCCCGCUGAGACACACGAAAGUGCCGAAAUGGCCACUAGGUUUUGAAUAAAGUAGUAGGUUUUGGUGUGUUCACGGGCCAACCGACGGAGAUAUCUUAAUUCGAUAGAAUAUUUACUUAACCUAUAUCUAUCAUACAUUUAUUAGUAUUUAAAUCAAAGUAGAAAUGAGUAAUAAUUGUGUGGACAAUACAGUGCAAUAAAGAAAUCUCCAGUCGACGCCUGUGGGACCUUCGUACUCAGCCUUUGCUCCGAAUGUUCGUAGCCUCGUGAUCGUAGGGAGGCGAGGAAUGCUGCUGUCUGGCGCGCUGGUUUUUGUACUUAAUAGAAAUUCUUGUUAGGUGGCUUCACACGUCCGAUCGGCUUCAUGCACGGCUUUGUCGAAUGCUCUGGUUUGUAAAAGUAGAUGGGCCGCGCCAGCCAGUAGCAUUCAUGUAGUGCGCGUGGUCACGGGGCGUACUGUCAGUUCGUCGUGAUGUGAUUUAUUUGGCAGCUCAUGAACUUUACACCGCUCUUAGUCAUUGGUGAAUAGAUUAUAGUUUUAUGUGUACUGCGUAACUUUACGAGUGAGCUACGUAUAAUAGACAUAAGAAAUGAUCUUCCUUCUCUCUGCCCCCUCACUGGCCGUCAGUGUUGUUGUUUAGAUACUUACUUUACAUGGCACCGUAUGCUUCCUAUACUGUAACAAUGACGAUAAUGUUCAAUUACAUCCAGAUUCUUCCGCGUAGAACAUGGUACUAAGUCUAUCCUGAAAGGUAAAGUUACCAAAUCGAAUAGUCAUUUAUUUUCGUACAACACUUCAUUAUAAACAAUAAACUAGGGCAUAAUUACUGUAAUAGUAAGGUGUUAGUAAGUAAUAAUUGCAACUGAAUCGAAUAAAUCAAACUCUGUUAGUAAUAAUUAAAGAUAUAUAGCUGUUGAGAUUUGUCUAUUUUCCGUAGUUUGCUGUGUUGAAGUUAGAUCGAGCAGUUGUUCUGACAAUAUAUCAGGCGGGGCCGCCGGCCGCGACCGUUGUUGCGUUUAGAUACAUGCGAUGACUCCACCGAAAUGAGAUUCGUUUUAUAUUGUAAACUUUAUUUAUUCUUAUUUACAUUUUAUAUCUUUACAUCUUUAUUUAUUAGAAUAACUUCUUGUAAAUCAUAUUGUUAUACAACUUUAUCUAAGGUGAAAAUGACUAUCUAUUUUGUUUGUAUAAGCUUAGUAUUUUUAUAGACUUGUUGACGAUCAUGCGUGUAUCCGAACGUAAGCUUUAUAGUGUUAUCACUAGUUCUUACGUUCCCCUUUCGUGGACCUAAACGGCUUAAUGUAAUGGGCCUAAUAAAUUAAGCACUAAUUAGAUGUAAGCGAGCGAUAUUUAGGUUGCAAAUUAGUAAAGUUUGAAUCUCGAUGGCCGCUGCGUAUAUGACACCCAAUGUUAUAUUUUUGGGAAGACUAUUUAUAGCACAAAUAACGAAAUUGAAAAAAUAUAUCUUAAUAUUCUUCUAUGAAUUUAUUGAUUUCGCGUUACUUAUGAAAAGCAAUACUCGUAUGUACUUACAACAUUUUAAUUACUAUAGCCUAUAGCUGAUAAAGUUCGUUGUUAAGAUAAUAUAUUAUGAUUGUGAACGACUCUACUGAUUAUUACCACAAUACUUAAUUUAUACUUUACGUGGAAUUGUAGACUUACUGUGAGGCUGUCUAGUGUAACAUAUUUAUUUAUUUAUAAUUAAUAAAGGCUAAUCUGUACUUUCCGUAAUAGAUAUUUUAUUACAAAAUCAACGACCUAAUACUAUUGUUGAGUUAUCUAGAUACAAGCAAUGAAAUAAACAAAUUAACUUAUGACGUGAUAAUUAUAUUAUAUUAUAAAGAAUUGCUAAGAGUAAGUGAGAAUAAUUUAUAGGAUAUACACGAGUGUUUAUAGAGGCAGUGUGACAUAUUAGCCUUGUUACUUAACUAUACAGUAAGCGACUUGUUCGGGUGUCUCGUGCGCAGCGGCUGCGUACACGGAACCAAUGUUAAUUAGGCUAAUCGAACACAUAGAGGUCUAAAUAAUUUCUAAGUAGACGACUAUCGUACACUAAGAUACGUUACUUUCAAUCUGGCCUUAAUUUGUUUGUUAAUUACUACUGUCUAGCUGAUAGUACAGAUGAGAGAAAGAGUAGUUUUGUAACAAAGUCUCAUUCCCUCAUGCUAAUGUAUCGAUAGUUAGUAACGUUAGGCACUAAUAAUAAUAAUGUACAAUAAAACACCCUCUCUGCCUUAGUGAUGCUAUUCUUACCCUAAUGCUAUGAACGGAUAUCAAGUUAGAAGGAAAUUAUAAUGUAUGUUGUAAAUACGAAUUCUUAUGGCUGAUGUAAUAUAUCGAGCACUAUGGAAAACUUUAAUUCCUAACAAUGGUCCAAACUUCACUCGCUUUUUUAUUUGUACUAUACGAUUAUACAAUUUCUAUAUAGAUAAAGAAAUAAUGUUAGUCUAGAAAUACAACUUAUGCUUUAAUUUUUAUUUUAUAGAUGUAUAACUUGUAUUUGUCAAAAUGCUUAAUUUUCAUAAUCAAAGUUUUAUGAAAAAGGUUGAUACCAAAUGCAGUAUUUUUAUUUUAUACUCUACAUCUUUGUACCCAAAUAAAAGCAAUAAUCUAAUG